AUGCUUGAUUAUUACCUUGAGGUUAAGUUAGAUUUUUCCCAAGCAACAUUUGUAGUUACAGCCAAUGAUCCGAAUAAAAUCCCAAAUUACUUGUUAUCAAGGAUGCCGAUGAUUGUCGAAUUACCUGGCUACAAUAUCGAACAAAAGAGAGAAAUUGCUAACAAAUUUAUUCAAAACAAAAUAAAGAUUGACGCUGAAUCAGUCCAUAAAAUUAUCCCUCAUGAUUUUUUUAAUAUUGAUUUGGAAGGUGACACUGAAAAUAAAAAUGACAAACGGCAAUUAGCAAUUUUGCAACAAGAAUUAGAGAGACUAAAAGGAGAAAAAUUAGACCAAACUCAAUUAAGAGCCGUUAAAUUCAAUACUUUGUUAGUGCUACGACAAUUUAGAGGACAAUUUGAGGAAAAAGAAUAUCAGAAUUAUGAGGGAAAAAUAAAUACUGCUGAUUCACGAGAAGAAGUUGAAGUUAUUGCCAAAGAGUUUUUAUUAAAAAUCAAACAAAAAAACGUCUCUCCAAAGCCUUCCAGAGCAGAUAAUGAUAAGGAUAAAAAAAUAAAAGAUGAAUUGACGGACAAAGGAUGUGAAGAAAAAAUUAAACUCUCUAAUGCCGAAAUAGAGAAACUAAAAAGAAAAAUGGAAAAUUUGCAAAAGCAGGAAAAAUCUAGAAGCAUUAAAGAUAAUGCUCUAUUUAUUAUAGUUAUUGUUGCCUUGAUUAUUUGA